GCAAGAUGGCGUCCAGCGACUGGAAGCCGGGAGGCGUUUUCGACCACCACGUCCAGACGCCUGUGUGUGACUCGCGGGCCAAAUACCGGGAGGGCCGACGCCCUCGCGCCGUCAAGGUAUAUACAAUCAAUUUGGAAUCUCGGUACUUACUAAUACAAGGAGUUCCUGCGGUGGGAGCCAUGAAGGAAUUAGUCGAGCGAUUUGCUCUGUAUGGUGCGAUUGAACAGUAUAACGCUCUUGAUGAAUAUCCAGCCGAAGACUUUACAGAAGUUUAUCUCAUUAAAUUUGUGAAAUUACAAAGCGCAAGGACAGCUAAGAAGAAGAUGGAUGAGCAGAGUUUCUUUGGUGGCUUACUGCAUGUGUGCUAUGCUCCAGAAUUCGAGACAGUUGAAGAAACUAGGAAAAAACUACAAGAAAGAAAGGCUUAUAUUGCAAGAGUUACUAAAAACAAAGAUUAUUACUUGACAAAGAAGAAACUGGCUCCAGAGCAAAAAGGAACAAAAGAGUCUAGACAAGAUUUCCAUCCACAUAUGACUGGAUUAUGUACAACAGCUUCAAACACUUCUCCCGCAAACUCAAGUCCUUGUCUUCCUUAUUCUUGUGAAUUGCCUUUAUGCUAUUUUGCCUCCAAGAGUGCGUGUUCACCUGAGGAGCAUGUGGAAAGAGCAUCAGACUCCUGUAAUAGUGCUGGGCACCACAGUGAACUCCCGAAGCAUCAUGACUGCAAUGCCUUUGCGCCAGGACUACAGAUGAACACUUACAGAAACUCAGUACCUUGCUCUAGUGUGCAAGAGGCCAUCACUACCUCAGAGGUGGUUGGCAGAUUCAUGCCUAGGACAACGCAGCUGCAGGAGAGGAAGAGGCGACGAGACUGUGACCAUGAGCUUGGAACUUUUGAAACAAACGCGAGCCGUAAUGAAGUCUUGAUUGGCCCUAAGCUACCCAAUAUCCCCUCCGUGGAUCUGCAGGACGACUCCUUAAAUACAACGGCAGACUUAAUUCGCAGUAAACUUAAAGAGGUGAUUUCAUCUGUGCCUAAGCCUCCAGAGGACAAAUUGGAAGACAUGUGUACAAGUCACCCACGAAAACAAAGAAGAAGAAUAUAGCUUGCCAGCAGGGAGUAGUCUUGUCUUGUCUUUUUUCUUUUAAGUCAGGGUCUCCCUGGAUAGCCCUGGCUGGCCUGGAACUCACUAUGUAGACCAGGCUGGCUUUAAGACUCUGUCCCCUGAGUGCUAGGAUUAAAGGUGUGUGCUAUCACACCCAGAUAAAUUGGCAUUUUCUGGUACAGAUUCUUUUAUAUGUUUAGCCCAUUUUAAUUCUUUAAGAUUCUUACUAUUGCUAUUUUAAAGGGUUUUUUUUUGUUUGUUUGUUUGUUUUGUUUUGUUUUGUUUUGUUUUAACUGCUUGCAGAUGUUCCCAUCUUUUUGGAUCUGCGCUCAGUUUGGCAGAAACUGUUCUUUUCACACCAUAUUAGUUCUUAUGUUACAAUACGUAAAUUGAUGGAAACAAAUAUAAAAAUCUAUAAUGCAAAUAAAGGCAUUCAGGAUCUUGCUUUAAUUCAAAUACUGAGCAAUUUGUGUUCAAAGACUUGCAGGCAUUUUGUUUUUGAAUACCAGGGCUUCAAAAUGAAGGCAACUCUGUAAGGAAAAAUGUCAAUAAAUGUUAGAACAAAGUUGAUAUGUGAAACAUACACAAUAUUUUAACUUCUAAGAAUAACGUACAUGAACCACAGCCAUCUAAAAACUAAUCCAUUAUGGAAAUUCCAGAUUUCUAUACCUGUCAGCAUGUCUGUACUUUCUCUCCCAUCAAUGGACCCUGUACUUUUGUCCAUACCAUUUCCAUUUUCCUUUCUGGAAAAAAUAAACCCAGAAGGCUUUU